AUGGGCGACGACGGCGCGAAGGCGGCGGCGACGGGCAUCAAGCAGAUCGUGCGUCUGCGAGAGCUGCUGCACAAGUGGCACUUCAUGGCGCUGGGUGCGAAGCAGCAGCGGGAGGAGGACGAGGACGCCGGCGGCGUGCCCGAGGAGGCGGUGGCGUCGGCGAUCCGGCCGUUCGUGAUGCGGCGGCUGCGGCGCACGGAGACGGCGGACUCGGUGUUGUUGUCGGACGAUGAGAGCUGCCACAGCCCGGAGCCGCCGCCGGACGUCCCCCGGGGGUACUGCCCCGUGUACGUCGGGCCCGAGCAGCGGCGUUUCGUGAUCCCGACCAGCUACCUGGCGCACCCGGUGUUCCGGCUCCUGCUGGAGAAGGCCGAGGAGGAGUUCGGGUUCCGGCACCAAGGCGCGCUCGCCAUCCCCUGCGAGACCGAGGCCUUCAAGUACAUCCUCCAGUGCGUCGAGCGCCACGACAAGGGCCUCGCCGCCGCCGGCGACGAAGCGGCGAACCACCCGACCAUGGUGCUGGAGCAAGAGCCAGCGAUGCAUCACGCUUAA